AUGAAAAUAACAAGAUUAAAGAUAAUAUGUAUAGGUAUAUUGAUUACCUUUGGAGUUUAUAUGUUUACAACACCAACAAAUAGUCGUACGACCAUUGUUGUAGAGUCUGGAGUGAAUAUACAACCACAACCAUCACCAUCACGUAGAGUAUCAGGAUUUUCAAACAAACCACUCAACUUUAAAAAGGAUAUGGAGACAUUCCCAUGGCAAGAGUUUAGAAGUGCUGUACAAGAAGGUCGAGUAGACGAGACUGAUGAUUUUUCACAGAUGCUUAUCACUAAAUUGGUACCUUAUAUAUUGCAAUCUCCACGUACUCCCAUCAAUGAUAGUUGUACCCCCGAACCACUACCUACACCAGAGCAUUUGGAUUGUGCUGUCUAUCCCAAUGUAUUUACUGGCAAGCUGCGAGACAAACCAGCACGUAUUGGACACAUGGUGCAGAUUGGGUUCGAUAUUGACGUACUAGAGAUUCAUUUAAACGAGUUGCACGAUAUGGUGGACGACUUUUUCAUCAUUGAAUCGACCAGCACUCACUUUCACAAGCUCAAGAAACCACUCAUGUGGGAGCACGUCAAGCUACAAGACCGAUUUGCAAAGUUUAGUGACAAGGUGGUGCACUUUGCACUAGACGAUGCCGACUUGACAGUAGGUAACGAGUUGUUUUCGGCCGAGGCACACCAAGAGAAACGUCGGUGGCAAAAGUUUGUAGAGUGGAAUGCACACAAGGGCAAUCUGUACGGUGACAGUGAUAUUAUCGGGUUUGGCGACACUGACGAGAUUACCCGACGUCUCAAUGUCCACUUGCUCAAACACUGCCAACUACAAGACAAUGUAAAAAAGAUAGACAUUGGUAUUUGGUUCCCAUACGGACCAAUCAACCAAGUAUUUAAUCCAUACUGGCACGUACCUGGUAAUAAUUAUGCUUUGGGAGACCCAACCUUUUAUGUAGUGGGUGAAGCUAAAAAGGAAGAGGCACCAAGCAGAAACCGUGGUCAAUCUGGCCACUUUCUUUUAGGAGGUAUGCAUAUGACUCACUAUGGCUAUCUGCCAUACCAAAUCAUCAAGAAAUUGUCAUGUACAGAAUGUGGUAUAAAGUCAAUGCCACAACUAUCAAUCUUUGCCGAUGACCUCGAAACGGGUAACAUUUCACAGUUGGAACUCAAACUUUUGCAACCACCAGAUGAUUUCAAAAACAGAAUUCGUGAUAUUUCAACGAUGGAUCAAGAAUUUAGAGAUCGUGUUGCUAUCCUCCCUUGGUUUUAUAAUUGUAAUCGUAAUCGUUAUCCAGUUUGGGAAUCUAAAAAUGAUAAAAGAUUACAAGUUAAAAAAUCUAAAAUAAUAGUUUAA